UCGUUCAUGGGGUCGUUAGUUGCCCAAUUCCAUCACCAUAACUUUCUUCUUUCCAUACUCUUUAACUUGUUUUGGUUACUAAAUUCAGCCAACAUCUCCCUCUAAUCAGUGAACACGUUUUCUAUGCAGGCUUUGAGGGAGAGAAGAUCAGAUGUCUCAAUCAAUCUCCUCCAGCACAAAGGCAGAAGAAGUUGUUAGUGUAGAUGUGAGCGAAGCCAAGACUCUCCUCCAGUCUGGGCAUCAAUAUCUUGAUGUUAGGACUCAGGAAGAGUUUAGGAGAGGCCAUUGUGAGGCAGCUAAGAUCGUCAACAUUCCCUACAUGAUCAACACACCUCAAGGUAGAGUGAAGAAUCAAGACUUCUUAGAGCAAGUCUCUUCUCUUCUCGACCCAGCUGAUGAUAUCCUUGUGGGUUGUCAGAGUGGAGCCAGAUCCUUAAAAGCCACAACUGAACUUGUUGCCGCAGGUUACAAGAAAGUGAGAAACAUGGGAGGUGGCUACUUGGCCUGGGUGGAUCACAGCUUUCCCAUCAACGAGGAGGAGGAGGAGCCAUCUGCAAACUAAUCAUAUUAAGAUUCUCAUCCUUCUUGUCGAAUAAUAUAAUUGCCAGUGUGAUGUAAUAAAUCAUUUUCUAUUUAGAAUGUUUGCAGAUGUGGGACAAAAAAACUUUCUUAUUAAACGUUCACUUUGUCCCCACAUCCAUACAUUACAAGUUUCAAAUUAACCGAAUUGGGCCAAGUUACUUGGACCGGACCCAUGAAAA